AUGAGCCUCUCGAAGCUCUUGCUCGGGGCAAUUAGGAAGAUACGAUCAGUGCUACUGUUAUGUGUCACUAUCUCAUUGCUAUUUUACUACACCUUCAAAAAUGAAAUCGAUAUGUUAAAUUCAUAUGCAGAAAAUGAAUAUCUGCCUUCAAUAAGUAAUAGUCCCAUCGAAAAAAAUCAUGAAAUACCGAAUCUGAUACAUAAACCAACAAAACAGAUAAGCUUGAAAGACCCUGUGAUAUUAAAGGAGAAAAAUAAAUAUUUCCCAUUGUUGCUAACCUCUGCAUCCAAUGACCCGACUUCUUCGCUACUGGAUCCUACCGCUAUAGAAAAGUCGCAUCUGUCGUAUUCAGAAAAAUAUCCAGUACUUUUCGAAUUUUCUUUGCCACACUUCAAUACUGCUGAUGACUCUGACCAUCCUGCACAUUUGGCAAGUGAUCUCAGACAUCUAUCUUUACAAGAGGCAAAAUUCGAAGAUGCAGGUUCCCUACAAGGUAACAACAGAUUAAAAAUAAAAGAUCUAUUUUUAAAAUCGUGGAGACAGAAAGAUUUUCAAAUCUCUCCAGAUCUGUGGCCCAUCGAUUUGAUAGAUUCGCUCGAUACACUCUAUUUGAUGAAUGAAUCGCAAGAAUUUAAUGAUAUUGUGGAAAGAAUAUCUGAAAUUGACUUCAAGAUUCCCCCAAGAAAUAUGCCGGAUAUUAUAGAUAUUCCUGACAUUUCAGCAAAAUUAUUAGGUGGACUGAUCUCCGCAUACGAUUUAUCCACAAACCCUAUUCUUCUAACGAAGGCUAAAAAUGUAGCAGAUUUUAUACUAAGAUCUUUCGAUACCCCAAAUAGAAUACCCAUUUUGCAAUAUGCAUGGAAAUCAGACUACAAUAACAGAUUUCCAUACAAGGAAACAAGCAUUGGAGAACUUAGCAGAUUGGUUUUACCUUUCGUUAGACUAUCUCAAAUUACGAAACAGAACAGGUAUUUCGACGCAAUUUUUAGAAUAAUAACAAGAAUAGAACGCUCAGCCAAUCAAGUCCCCAUCUACUCACUUUUCCCCAAUAUAAUGGACGCAUCAUCAUGCAAGGUACUAACACCAGAAGAAGUUUCUACAGGUGAUCAUCAAAAAAACUCAGCAAUAAUGAGAAGUAUUGAUAAAGAUCUGAAGUUUGUUUACUGUCAUCAAGUUGAACACUUCAUAACAACUUCAAACAAAAUAGAAUUGGAUUCUAAGCUGAUAUCACUGUAUGAUAUGCUUCCGAAAUUAAACGCUCUGACAAAUAUAGACGUUCACACACUCGACUCAGAGACUGAAAUCAAUUCAAAGAAACUUUACCACGACGCAAUGAAGCAUAUCUCUUCCUUACUGAAGUUUAAUCCAGUACAUGGCUCAGCUCUCAAUUUAACCAUUCUUUCUGGCCUUGAGACAAGUUCUAUUUAUUCUCCAACUCGUAAUGAGCUCAUGGUACAAUUAAGGAGAAAUUUCAGCUUCAAUCCAGAGUCUUGUAAUCUGGCCUCUACAUUGGUCUACGGACAAAAUGUUUAUAAGCUUGAUACCGAAAACAUUAAAUUUGCUGGAGAGAUAAUAGAAAGUUGUUUCCGACUAUCACAGGAAUUUAAUGGACUCCUCGGUAAGCUAAGCCUAGAUCCUUGCCAAGAUGAAUCUUGCCAGAUUGACGUCCAACAUAAACUCAACAAUAUCAUCAGCGGUAAAUAUAUUGGAUUUGAUGAAGGUUUUGGUGAAAGUAAAAUUAUUGAUCUAAAAGGGAAAACUUCAGAAGCUAAUGAAUUUGAUGAAAACCUCGAAAGAACAUUUUCAACUGUGAAUAAUGAGCACUUCAAAAACAUUAAAUUAUCCGCGUCUGACAUUGAUCUCGCAAGUAGUAAAUGGGCAAAACAACCCGAACUACCACUAUGGAUCAAUAGCUUUCAAGAUAUCUCUUUGCUUUCUCCCAAUAUUAUUAAAUCAAUGUUCUAUAUGUAUAGGCUUACUGGUGAGAGCAAGUGGAGGAAGAUGGGGGCUACAAUUCUCGAUCUGACAUUACAGCACUUACAAGAGAAUAACAAUGGUGCUAAAGGUGUCUGGCAUAUUUCAGAAUAUAACAGCUCUAGUGAUGAAGUCCCAACUUAUUGGCUAUCACAAACUCUAAAGUACUUCUAUCUGCUUUUCAGUGAUACAGAUGAUUAUUCUCUUAAUUCAUUUGUCAUUACAAACUCUGGUCAUCUAAUGAAAAGAGCGGAUACAGUGCUAUGA